GGGUAUACAUGGCUUCCAACUCCAUCCGCUUGUUUCUCUGCUCCAUCCCUUUGAUUUGGCAUGCAUGGGGAGAGAGGACCAAUCUGGGACAAGGCCGCGCCAGGGACUCGCAUAUUUUGAAGCACAGAUCGAAAAGACACUGCUAAUCGGUCGAGGAGGAAAUUAAAAGAGGAGGAGGCGAGAGAUCGAAACUAAUUUCCCUUAACCAAAUCCGAACAUCCUCGCGUCAAGUCGCGUCGCCAUGAGCAGCGCCCAAGAGAAGCCGGAUCAGUUGUCAGCGGCGGAUCAUGAGGGAGAUGGUCAUGAGGUGGAGGCGGUCCAGGACGAGGUCGCCGCCAUCGUGGAGCUGGUGACGGAGCUGAAGCAGGAAGGCACGACGUUGUUCCGUCUGCGGGACUACGACGGCGCCGCCUUCAAGUUCGACGAGGCGAUCCGGCUCUCGCCCAGGGCCCCGCGCGCCUACGACGAGAACGACAUCGCCUCCCUCCACAGCAACGUAGCGGCGUGCUACAUGCACAUGAACACGGGGCAGUGCCCCGAGGACGAGCACCACUACCACCAGGCCAUCGACCGCUGCAACAUGGCCCUCGAGGCCUCGCCCAGGUACACCAAGGCGCUCCUCAAGCGGGCGCGCUGCUUCGAGGCGCUCGACCGCCUCGACCUCGCCUGCGUCGACGUGCAGGAGGUGCUCACCCUGGAGCCCAACAACGCCGUCGCGCUCGAGCUCCUCGAGAGCCUUAGGGAGGAGAUGGAGGAGAAGAAGUUCCUGCUCGAGCAGGAGGCCAGGUCGCUCGACGAUCUCAUCAAGGUCAUCUCCGCCAGCGAGAAGGUGGCCAAGCAGUUCAGCACCGUCGCCAGCAGCGGGAAUAAAGCCGAUGCUGCCGCCGUUGUCUCGACGGAAGAAACGGAUGCCCACGAGAUCUUCCAUGGAGAACAUGAGGACGAGCACGCCAGCUUCAACGACAAUGACGGGCAAGAAACACCACACGGCUCGUCCGAGGAGGACCAUGUUGGUGAGAGUGAUCAGGACAAGCAAGGAGAUCAACAUGGAAGCAUGGACGACAGCAACGCAGAGCAUACCGCCACUGAUGGGCCACCUCGGCUGUGUGAUAGUAAGGAGCAAGUGUCGUCGUCGUCGUGCACCGAUGCGGAGGUUCGGGGACACGACUCGACUCAGAGCUUGUCACACGACCAGUAGCAUGCAGCCAGGCAACUAUAUAUAUGUCACAUAUUUAUUUGAUAAUGACCCAAAUGUCUUUAUGCAUGGCACGUUAUGUGCAAAAUCUAGCUUGAUCUCAAUCUCAAGAUGUAUAAGUUUGACUCUCCAAAUUGUAUAAUUAACAUCACUUUUACGAAAAGGAAAGUCUCCCGGCCGGUGUCUGUCUGGAUGCAAA